AUGUCUGAACAACUCCUGAAGACAGCAUCAACGCAUAAUGCUUCCCUUGUAGGAAUGAUUGAUUCCGCUUUUGGAAGGGUAAUGGACGUCGUCGCCAGCGUUGGUUGGACCCCCCUGGCCAGACUUGCAGAGAGCGGUGUUGUUGCGCUUAUGCAGAAAAUUACUGUCGGACACUUGCGUGUCCUUACAGAGUCACACAUCUACAAUUUCCCCCCUCAUGGAAGUGAGGGUAUCCAAGAUGGACCCAGCGCUGAACUUCGUGUGGUGAAAGAUUCAUUCUGGAUAAGGCUUGUCACUAUGUCGGACCUCGGAUUUGCCGAGGCAUUCAUGUACGGAGACGUUGAAUGCGACGACUUGGUGACUUUAUUCAAGAUUUUCCUGCUUAACCGAGAAAAUCUCGUCGAAAUGAAGUCUGCGAUUGCAAGUCUGUUGUUUACACUUCCCCAAAGGCUCACUAGCAUUCGAUUCCUUAAUACAUUGAGCAAUUCGAGAAGUAAUAUCAGUGCUCAUUACGAUAUCAGUAACCAAAUGUUCGAAGCAUUUUUAUCGCGCGACAUGACCUACUCUUGCGCUAUAUUCCCGACUCUCGAUGCAGACAUGGCCAUUGUAGAAAAGGGCGAACGGCUACUCGAGAACGGUGUCGUAGUCAAGGGCCUCGGAAAUGGAGAUUUCCAUGGCAUUGGCGUAGACACAGACAUUCCCACCAAUAAACUGACCCUUCCCGAUGAAGAGGAUCAACUUUAUCAAGCCCAAAUGAUCAAGUUGGAACAUCUCGUGAAGAAACUUAAGAUUCCUGAAACCUCUGACAAAGUUAUUCGCAUCCUGGAGAUUGGAUCCGGUUGGGGUGCAUUAGCCAUCUUACUGACCCAAAAGUAUCCGUUUGUUGAGGUUGACAGCCUAACUUUGAGCUCCGAACAGAAAUCUCUUGCCGAAGAGAGGAUUCGCGCUGCUGGAGUGGAGUCGAGGGUGAGAAUCUGGUUGAUGGAUUACCGCUGUGUCCCCGAAUCAUGGUCCGGUAUCUUCGAUCGGUUCGUGAGCAUCGAGAUGAUUGAGGCCGUUGGUCGUGAAUUCUUGAAGGAGUACUGGGCCAUCGUCGAGAGAUGCAUGAAACCAGAGAAUUCGGUUGGCGUCGUCCAGGUGAUCACGAUUCCCGAGCCGCGCGUGGGGGUGCAGGAUACGAACGGUAUAUUCGCGAGAUUGAUUUCAUUCGGAAAUGGAAUUCCUGGGGAAGUUUUUCCGGGUGGCCAUUUGCCUACUGUAACAGCACUCGUCGAUACCCUUGCUCAAGGCGGCAAGAACAAACUUAUUAUAGAUAGUAUAUCCAAUAUUGGGCCUCAUUAUGCGAGAACUUUGAGAGAGUGGAGAAGACGUUUCCUAGCUAGAUUCGACUCGGACAUUAUACCCUCAUUAAAACGGGAAUACCCGGAUGUGUUUGAUGAAUCUCCUCGAGGACGGCAGGAGAUCGAAGUAUUCAAACGCAAAUGGGUGUAUUAUUAUUGCUACUGCGAAGUUGGUUUUACUACCCGAACCCUUGGCGAUCACAUCAUCACGUUUUCUUCUGCCAUGAAGGGAUUCUUUGCUGUCGCAGCUCUUACAGUGUCCUCCGCCCUUGGAGGCGCCUCUGCUAGCUCCUACCACGAGAAGCGUAUUGAUCAUUAUGGACAAGCAACUUGGUUCAACCCAGUGAGCGGAAAUGACGGAUGUGGAUACCAAGUCCCGUCAGGUGUACCUGCUGUACAUGUUUCCCCCACUUAUUGGAGAAACGGCCAGAACUGUGGACAGUGGGUUCAACUUAAUAUCAACGGGAAGCAGUCAUACGGCGUUGUGACUGGCGAGUGCAAGACAUGCCAAGCAGAGAAUAUUGAUACAUCCCCCAACCUAUUCAGUGACUUCGGACACACAGACAUUGGUAUUCUCACUUGCAAAUGGAAGUUCAUGAAGAAGGACUGGGAGCCCAAAGAGCUCCCGGAGUGCGAGUAA